AUGGCCACCGAUCAGGUCUCUGCGACCCGUCUGUAUCUCGGGAAUCUCCCGCGGAACGCGACCAAGCAAACUCUCGAAGAACACUUCGCGACCCAUGGAACUGGAGAGAUCGUCGAGGUCAAGCUCAUGAAUGGGUUUGGCUUCAUUGAGUAUAAGGACCCCAUGGAUGCGCGUGAUGUCGUUCCUGGUGAGUACCCAAGCCGCGACCUUGUUUGA